CGGCGCCAAACCAGUGUUUAUAACAGGCUGGUGGAAGGAAUUGAAAACUCGCGAGCGAUGUUUUCUACUCAUGUUUGUGGUCUUCGAUGCGGUGGGAUUGUUGAUUUUCUGCGGUUCAAUCACGCACGAUUUGUAUUUCGAACAUACUUUGCAGCUUGUCGGCAUACGACCUGAGGGCUUUCCAGACCAGGCAAUCAACUACAAUUUGUCGCUUACCGCUGGAGUCGGAUUCUGGUCAAGCAUAGACCGUCAGUCGACGAGCUAUCGACACCAAGAGUUGAGUCCAGGAAUUCUCACUAUCCUCCAACAGCACAUGACGGCUGCGUCGGAUUUGUGGAUGGAAUGUGCGACGCGACAGCACCGAUCUAGCGCUUGUGGCCAAUCCUCUUUUAUGUUGUUCACUUUGAGCCUGACUGGACUGUAUUCCGCCUAUUUUACAGCUUUAUUCAACCGUCGAGUGAUGAUAUACAUGAGCAUAGGAAGCGUCUUUGUUAUGGCAUCCUCGUUCGCAUUGCUUUAUGCUGCUUCGCUGGAGUACAACAACUGUGUUGUGGACCGCCAAGUAAGCUACACAAGCGAGACCGAGUUCGAAUUCGUCUCGUACAGAGGACGCUAUUUCGCUCCAACAAUGAAGACCAAUUAUGUGCCGUUGAUAGGCGUUUUGGUCGCCUACCUACUGGGUUUCAUCCCGAUGACUGCGUUUGGUGCUAUCCUGAUGUGUUAUGGUACAGAAAAACUGUAA